CUUAAGUCACCUGCCCACAUUUAAUGCUGGUGCUAUAGCAUGCCAUGUUCAUCGUAUACCACGUUUGUCUAAAAGUUUUUUGUACAUGAAUGAUGAUUUUUUCUUUGGCAAACCAGUUGGAUUGGAGGAUUUUUAUACCAACGAAACAGGCUUCAAAAUCAGAUUUGGUGCUGAAAAGGUUCCAAAUUACAUGGACAAAUGUAACAAAUUUAACUUAUACAGAAGACAUAUUGAGAAGUUUUGUAAUAACAGCAGUGGUUGCGAAUGGAAUGGCAAAUAUUGUUACCCUACCGAGCAGACACAGUCUAGAUUAAUAAUGAGUUUUAACGGACCAUUUUCUGGAAGUCUUGUGUAUACUUCAAUAGCAUUUGACAAAGCGUUUGGGCAUGCGCAACGAGGAGUUCCGGCGCAUGCGCCUUACAUUACUGACGUAGACACAAUGGACGCUCUACAGGAUCGGUUUCCAAAAGAAUGGGAGAGAACAUCUUCUAACAGGUUUCGUGACCCACACAGUUUUCAACACGGGUUUGCAUAUUAUCAUUUCUUGAUGUUACCAAAGACAAAUACAUGCCGUGAGGAAAUAAGGAGACCAAUAGCGACGAGUUACAAAGAUUAUGAUGACUAUGCAUAUUUUGCUACUGGGAACUUUCAUCAUUUGCAGACGUCGCUGGCCAACCUUUUGAGUAAAAAGAAUAAGAAGUUCAUUUGUAUAAAUGAUCACAUGGGUAACAAAGUGAGUGACGUGGACGUUGCGCGUAACGGUGACGUCAUAACAAAAUUCUUCAAAGAAUAUUUCCCAGAACGUUCAAAGUUUGAAAAUGAAAUGUGAAUUAAUAAAAGAAUCAUAUUUAAUUGAACAAACUGUGUUGCCAUGAAAUACAAAAGUGAAAAUCAAAGGCUUGAAUAAACACAAAUAUCGCUGUGGCCGGAUGUUGCUAAACUUCAAAUAAAACCUGUUUUCAUGUUAAAAAUGUUGUGCUUAAACGGUGCUUUCGAGCGUGGAUUGUAUCUUGCCUUUACCCAUGCGUGCAUGAACAUACUUCAUCAAUUAUCCGAACCAGCAGCAUUUUCAAUUUUAGAGACUAUUCUAAAACAUUCAUUUCAUCAGAACAGGACAUACCUUUCAAUUCUGAUUUAUAUAUAGAACAUCAUCAUGUACAUAAUUUUUUUUUUCAAGUAAUUAUAACAUGUACUUGUCAGUACAUGUACCA